GUUUAAGUGUUCAUUGUGUAUAGUGUGUUUUGAUGUUGUGCGAUCCCUCUGGAAUGGCAUCGCAUUGAAAAUGCCGAGAAAUCUCUUUUACAAGUCAGUACGGAAAAAGGAGACCAUUUUAUAGGGUCUCAGGAUGUCGACCGGAAGUUGUUCCGGCCUCGGGGUCUGCGGUGGGGCUCGGAGACGACCUCCCCCACCGCCGGAGCCGGCCCUCUCCCUUACUGCGGACCUGAGCGAGUUGAGCCUCGAUCAAGGCUACCAUACGCUAGCAGACUGUGGACCGCCAAGACGACGGCGGGACAAUAAUCUAAACGAUGCGCUAUGGUUGAAAAUAUUGUCGUGUCUUGAGGUUUCGGACUUAUGCAGGGUGGCGCGGGUUUGCCGGCGAUGGGCGCGUUUGGUUGCGAGGUUGACGACGCGACCCGAGGUCUGGAAGAGAGUGAGGGCUGCAGGUCCUCUGGAGAUAGCCGCGCGGUGCGCUGGUGCCAGAGCCGGACCCUGCGUUAAUGCCGUCAAAGAGUGGCGAGCGAAGAGCUGUGCGGUGACGGUGGCUAGCGCACAACUCCUGGCUGCGACGUUCAGGAAUCUAACGCACGUAGCGGUGACCGGUUCCAGCAGCAUGGACGCCAGGACCCUGGCGCCACUCGUCACCGACUUAGUGGACCUUAGACAUAUUGAUUUAACGGGUUGCCCGCACGUGGAUUGGCCGGAGUGGUCCUGUCUUGAGACCCGACUGGGCGAUCGGAGGCCUCCAGUCGAGUACAUUGACCUCACUGACUGCGGGUCGGUGACCGACGCUGGCCUCUGCGCUUUGCUCCACACCUGUCCGUCUCUCCAGUACUUGUAUUUGCGGAGAUGUAGUCUAGUCACAGAUGCCGGAGUGAGAUGGAUUCCUUCGUAUUGUGCUCUCAAAGAGCUUAGUGUCUCCGACUGUACCGGGGUCACGGACUUCGGGCUGUACGAGCUAGCGAAGCUGGGUCAAGCCCUACGUUACCUUUCUGUCGCCAAGUGUACGCAGGUGUCGGAUUCAGGGAUCCGUACUCUGGCCCGUCGGUGCUACAAGCUUCGGUAUCUGAACGCGCGUGGCUGUGGAGCUUUGGGCGAUGAUGGAGUGGAAGCUGUAGCCAGGGGUUGCUCCCGACUGCGAGCUUUAGACCUUGGUGCUACUGACGUUUCCGAAGCCGGGCUGCAAAUUUUAGCACGAUGCUGUCCAAACCUGAAGAAGCUGGCCCUCAGAGGCUGCGAGCUGGUCGGUGAUGAUGGCUUAGAAGCAGUCGCGUACUACUGCCGCGGGCUCACACAGCUCAAUAUUCAGGAUACACCGGUCACCAUCAGAGGAUACAGAGCCGUCAAGAAAUAUUGCAAACGAUGUGUCAUUGAACACACCAAUCCUGGUUUCUGCUGACGAACGUUAAGCUACUACUUUCUUACUAAUACUAACACUAGUAUUACUGCUACUACUACUACUACUACUACUACUACUACUACUACUACUACUACUACUACUACUACUAUAGUUCAGUGAUCUUAAAUAGACUUUAGCCUUUGAAAAGAGAUUUCUCACGAUCGAAGCACGGCUUUAUGAAAAUUGUGAGUGAUCUAAAUAUUAAAAUUAGUACUUUUAGGGAAUUAUCUCUCUACGAUCAGUGUAGUAAAUGCUAGUCUGUAUAACGUACACUCGUUC